AUGGCAAAUUUAAGGCCUCAACCACUUGUUCGUCAAAGAAGUUCAGCAAAUAAAAGAUUAAGCCAAAUAUUUAAUGAUGAGGAUGAUAUUAUCAACCUUACUCCUAAUGAAUCGGCAAGAAAAAGACAGUUUGAUAAAGAUGAGAAAAUAAGAAAGAAAGCUGAACACGAUUUAACUAAAGUCUUAAAAAUGCAAGGAAAGAGGCCUUUUGAAAAACUGUCAAGGUCAGCUGGUUUAAUCGGAAUUUUGAGGCCUUCAGCUCCUAUCACUUUACCGGAAACUACAAUUUUAAUGGAUGCAGCUAAAUUGAUGGCUGUUAAUAGGGUAACAGCAGUUCUUGUUGUUGAUGAAUGUGAUAAAAUAAUGGGAAUUGUUACAGAUAAAGAUAUAACGUUUAGAGUAUGUGCAGAAGGUUUAAAUCCUAAUGCUACAACAUUAUCAAUGGUGAUGACGAGGAAUCCUGAUUGUGUUAAUGAUGCAUCGGAUGCAACUGAAGCUUUAAAUAGGAUGGCGUCAGACCGUAUUAUAGGAUUACUUGAUAUAACGGAAUGUUUAUUUCAUGCACUUGAAAGACUAGAGAAAGCAAAUCAAUCCACCAAGAAUUUAUUUGCUGUUUUAGAAGAACAUGAAACAUUAAACAAUAAAAAUUUUGCUUCAAUGGCUGCAAUCAUUAAAAAGCAUCUUUGCUUUCCAAAAGUACUAUCCGUCGCGGAAGAAAGUAAAGAUCCACCAGAGAUCUCCAUAAAAACAAACGUUGGAGAGGCUGCUAAAAUAAUGAAAGAAUUCCAUCAGACUGCUGCUUUGGUAGUUGAUGAAUGUGGGAAAACUGUUGGAAUUCUUACAUCUAAAGAUAUUGUUACCAGAACAUCAACUGUUAGAGUAAUGACACCUGCACCAGAUAUGAUAUCGACUGAUACUACAAUUUUACAAGCCCUUAAGCAAAUGCAAGAAAAACAUUAUCAACAUUUACCUGUAUACGAUGAAGAAAAUAUAGUGAUUUCAAUUGUAGAUGUUUUAAAACUUACUUAUGCAAUCUUAAAUACUCUAAAGAGUAUGAAUGGUGAACAAGGGGAUAAGACUGAAAAUGGUCCAGUUUGGAAUAAAUUUUGGAAUACAGCAGAUGAUCCAAUUUCAGAUGGUUCAAUAUCCAAUCCGACAGAAAAUGAAAAUUCAUUUCACUCUUCUGAAAUCGUCGAUCUACCAAUUAAAACCAAUGCCUCCUCGACAGUAAUCACGACACCUUACUCAAUAAGUCACAGUAAAUCAACAUCAACAUCGGUAUCAAACCCAGGAAUUAUCACAGCAGCAACAACGGAAUCGAAUUUCACCGCAAGCAGUAAAAACAAAAAAUCAAGUGACGGCAAAUUUGUAUACAAGUGUAAAGACGAGAUGUCAAAACAAUCUCAUCGAUUCACCUCCACUACACAAGAUUUCAAUGAAUUGUGUAACCAAGUCAGAGCAAAAAUGAAUUUUCCAAAAGAUGUGGAAAUUAUCAUAAGUUAUAUCGAUGACGAAAAUGAUAAAAUUACCUUAUCAUCAAAUGAAGAUUUGAUAACUGCCAUGAGGUUAGCGAGAUCACAACGUCAUGCAAUGAUCAGAUUAUAUAUCGAAGCCAAACAAAAUAAUUCUUCAGCGUCUUCAUUUCCUUUCAAUAACAUUAUUAUACCCGACCAUGAUGAUUUUCCUAAUAAGAAUAGAUCUUCUUCAAAUUCUCCUACUAAUACUUUAGUGUCAUCAACAGAGGAAUUGGAAGCUUCUGUAAAGGUUGGAGGUUUUGUUGCCAUCGGUGUAGCUAUUGGUGUUGGAAUAAUGUGGAUUGCUCGUGCAAAAUGA